GGCUGCUUGACCUUGGAGCCACUUCCUUUCUGUCAGCACCUGUUAUAAAUAAACAUGCAAGUUGCUAGUCAUCUUCGGUCUAUUUGCACGUUCUCGUUUACCAAGGUCGCAAACUCCCUGAUAUGCCCACUACAGAAUGUUCGUUUUUACGCUGUUCCUGGAGUCAAAACUGCUUAUGUUCGUGAUAAGCCUCAUAUGAACAUCGGUACAAUAGGACACGUUGAUCACGGAAAGACUACCCUCACUGCAGCUAUCACAAAAAUACUUUCCGGAAAGAACAACUCUGUCUAUCGGAGCUAUGAAGAAAUUGACGCUGCUCCAGAAGAACGAAAACGUGGCAUAACCAUUAAUGCAGCAGUGGUUGACUACUCAACGUCUAACCGGCAUUACGCACACACAGAUUGUCCUGGUCAUGCCGACUACAUAAAAAAUAUGAUAACUGGUGCUAAUCAGAUGGAAUGCGCCAUUCUCGUCGUAGCAGCAACUGAUGGCACUAUGCCACAGACUAGAGAGCAUUUAUUAUUGGCUAAGCAGAUAGGAAUAGAAAGAUUAGUCGUUUUUAUCAAUAAAGCUGAUGUGGCAGACCCAGAGAUGCUAGAACUGGUUGAACUUGAAGUCAGAGAUACAUUAAAACAUUAUGGAUUUGAUGGAGAUAAUACGCCGAUUGUCAGUGGUUCUGCCCUUUGUGCACUGGAAAAUCGCGACCCUAAAAUGGGUAUUGAAAAAAUUGAAGAAUUGCUUGAUGCGAUCGACUCAGUUCCUUUGCCGAAACGCGAAAAAGAUAAACCUUUCUUACUUCCUAUCGAACAUGUAUUUACGAUUACUGGUCGAGGUACUGUUGUUACAGGUCGAAUAGAACGUGGAAUUCUUAAGCUUCAGUCACCGGUUGAAAUAAUUGGAUAUAGUCAGACUCUAAAAUCCACUGUCACAGUAUAUUUCAGACACUACUUCACUCUACUAGUCGGCAAAUCAGAACAUAGAUGAACAGGGACGUAAUUAUUUUCUGAAUAAACAAUAUUGAAUUGGAGUAAAAAUCACAGUGAAUAAAGUUUUUAAUUUCUAAUUUUACACAAGAAGAUUCUAGAGACUUCCCUAAUUAUCCGUUGGCACUAAUUUGCCAAGAAACGACCUAUCAGCGUGCGCCAACACAAUCUUUCACGGAAUAUGCCUUAAUCUUGUCUAUAUCCCGCUAACAGAAAGAGAUAUGAAGUUGUCACAACAGUUCAGGCCUCUUAUUACGUCUUUUCCUGAGUAAUGCUGUAAUUAUAAUCUUCAAGAAAAAUUUGGACUGUGUGAAUACGCCAUGUUAAACUAACUGUCACAAACUCUCAUUUGUUUCAGGAAUUGAAAUGUUUCACCAACUUUUGGAUCAAGCAGAACCAGGUGACCAAGUUGGUAUCUUAAUGAGAGGAGUGAAACGGGAUGAAGUAAGACGUGGCCAGUUUGUUGUAGAACCAAAGUCUAUGUCAAUACAUGACUAUGUUCAAUGUCAGGUGUAUAUGCUUUCAAAGAAAGAAGGUGGUCGUGCUAAACCAUUUACGGGCAAUCACCAAUUCCAUGUUUUCAGUAAAUCGUGGGAUUGUCCUGCUGUUCUAAUACUCCCUGAAGGAAGGGAGAUGGUUAUGCCAGGGGAAGAUGCAGCUGUGAACCUACACUUCCAUAGGAAAAUGGUUGGUCUCACCGAAAUUAAAUGUCUUAUCAAACUUUAUUGAAAUAAAAUUUUUAGAUACCUAAUAACUCGACAAAAAUCGCUUGAUUUGAAAAUUCGUACUAUCAAUAUUAAGAAUCGAAAGGACGAUUCAAACACAGUUUGCGUAUUCUACCUUAAGUUUCAUAUAUGUCUUAAAUACGUCCUGGUUAAUCUUUCCAAACGGGAACCAAUUAAUCGAAAAAAAAUUCAAACAGUCCAAGGGAUUUUGGCUUUACUUGCUUACUUACUCUUGUUACCACUCGUGGAAAAGCAUAGACUGUCCAUCAGGAUUCUUUAGCUAACUCUGUACUAGGUAAUCCUUUCCAGUUGUUUCUAAUCGCUAUUCAUUCUUUUGAUAUCUGAUUCCAAUUCCUGACGCAAUAUAUCCCAUGGCCUUACGCUGUUCUUUUUGCCUUCAGGAUUUCAAGUUAGGGCUUGCAGUUUGAUGGUUUCCUCUACGUAUGCGAAAAUGUGCAAAUCUCUCACCAUUCUCGUUCCUUUAUUCUAGUUCAUAUCGUCUCGUGAUAUCUUUGUCGUUUAGGUCUCCGAUUAGGAUGCUCACAUUCAUUGCGAUCCCCUCCUUUGUUUUGAAGGAUCCUUCGAUUAUUUUGAACCCAUGAGACUGAUCCUAUAUGUGCUUUUCGUGCUAUUUUGAAUGGCAUCAGUGUAAAUACUUGUGUAUGCGAAGCAUUUUCUUCCUCAUGAUCUAUCAGUGUACAACAGCAUCUGUCUCAAAGCCAUCCUUUUUGUUUACCUUCAGCCCAUUGAAUUUCACUUAAUCGGAGCACCGCAAAGUUGUAUCUCCUAAUCCUAGCUAUUUGACUGGUUCCCCCAGUCUCCAACAUUGUUCGUAUAUUCGAUUUAUGAAUUUUAAUUAUUGCCCUGGUUGUUAGAAGGUCCAUCGACCUUGUGACUUCCGAAGAAUUUCGCUUUUCACAAUAAGGCAUCAAUUUUCCUGAACGAAGAUCCUUCAACUCGUUUAAAUUGUUCUUCGUUGGAGUUUUUAGCAAGCUUGUUUUCCACAGGACGGUGUUACUGAUCCCAUAACCAACCCUUCAUCUAGUUUUGUGACCGGCACUAACUCUAGAUGGUCCACAGGCGGAGAUUUUUGGUAUAACAUUUGAGUUAAAAUCUAUUUUGCGGUAUACUACGCUUAUAUUAUAAUACGAAAAUAAAACUGAUCACGGUGACCAAGUUCAUAACACUUCUAGAUCGAAUACUAGAGGGAUCCUCUAUACAAAGAUCAGAUCACGUUACCUCAUACUUGAUUGACGAUCAAAAAUAGAAAACCAGAGUUACGCCAGAUAAUACUUUAUUCCACACUGUUACAAAGUCACUCAGUGAGUACGGAGUGGUGAUCAAUAAUAAGAAAUUAAAUCAUAUUUAAUAGUAAGUUAUCUGCGUGUCUGAUUAUACACAUUCAUCGUCAAAUCACAUUUACUUCCACUACUUCACAUCAGUUUUAAUAGAUAAAACUAGUUACAUGCUUCUGUAGCUAUUUACGUGAUAAAUCUUACCCGUUUUUUAUCCUCUUAUAAAACAAACUUUUUAUUGUUGUAGGCUCUUGAGGUUGGACAGCGUUUUACUAUACGUGCUAGUUCCGCUACUAUUGGUUAUGGUGUUGUUGGUAAAAUCCUUACUGGUCCAGGUCCAUUCAGCUGGUCUAAAUAAUGUCCAGUUAUAUUUGUAAUUAUUUUCAACUUUUGUGCUUCAUCUAUUAAUGAAUAAAUCCUUAGU